GCGAGCCCCGCCUGCUCCGUGCGCCCUGCCCGCCGCGCUUGGAGAGGAGAAGCGCAGCGCCAUCGCCGAAUGUCCGGGCUGCGGCGCGCUCUGCUGGGACUCGGCCUGCUGGUUUCCUCCUCCUCCUCCUCCUCCUCCGUGGGCUGGAGGCUCAGGCCAGCGGCUCUCGCAGGCUCCUGCCCGGCCGGGCGCUGGCCGCCUCUUCCUUCGCGGGCAGGCCACCGCCAGCCGGGCGCAGCCGCCAUGCAGAGCGCGGCGCCCGCGCAGGGGGUCAAGUACCUCGGCCAAAAGGAAGCCCAAGCAAUUGAUCAGGCACUCUUUGAGGAGUAUAAAUUCAGCGUCGACCAGCUGAUGGAGCUGGCUGGAUUGAGCUGUGCCACAGCCAUUGCCAAGGCCUACCCAGCCAGCUCCUUCACUGCCAGCCAGCCAGCUGUGUUGAUUGUGUGCGGUCCUGGAAACAACGGAGGAGAUGGGCUGGUUUGCGCCCGGCACCUAAAAAUGUUUGGUUAUGAGCCAACACUGUACUAUCCCAAACGCCCCAGCAAAUCGCUCUUCGAAGGCUUAACCACCCAGUGCCAGAAAAUGGACAUACCUUUUCUCUCCGAGUUCCCAUCAGAAGCUGCUUUGAUUGAUGAGGUCUAUGGCCUUGUGGUAGACGCCAUUUUUGGGUUCAGCUUUCAAGGUGCUGUGCGGGAACCCUUUGGUACAAUCUUGGGUACUUUGGAGGAAGUCACCGUUCCCAUCGUGAGCAUUGAUAUCCCAUCUGGAUGGGAUGUGGAGAAGGGCAAUCCUGACGGGAUCCAGCCUGACAUGCUGAUUUCUCUCACCGCGCCAAAGAAAGCAGCAAAGCAGUUCACCGGCCGCUACCAUUUUCUCGGUGGUAGGUUUGUGCCAUUGGCGCUACAGAAGAAGUACUCGCUGAACCUCCCCCCGUACCCAGAGACGGAUUGUGUGCUGCAGCUAUCCUAGUGGACGGGGGCUGCUGUCCGGAUUAGAGGUCCCUGCCGGAAGCAGUCUUGGUGCUCAGGAAUGAAGCUGGCUUGGGGUGUUUGGGGCUGGAAACAGAAGCCAAGGGAAGGAAGCUUGUUAGGCAGAGUUAUCUGGCAGGCUUCAUGGGCUGCUAUGGUUCCUACAGCUGUUGAAAGGGCAUUCGUCCUUUGGGAAGUAAGAAAUAGUUUUAGCGCUAGAUCCAAAAGUUCCUUUUAAGCAUAUCAGCAUCUCACUCAUUUCUAUAAGUCACCUUGGGGUAAGGAUCCUUGGCUGAGAAGAGACUCUCACCUAGACGCUCUUCUCCCUUUUCAGUGCCUCUUACAAUGUACUCUUUGGGCCUGUUUUUCAAACCUACACAAGGAAGAAACUUGUUGCUAGGUUUCAAACAUCCUCAGCGCAUGUCCUCUGUUAUUAACUAAGGGUCUUUUUUGUUGUUGUUUUCCCUUCAAUAAAAAGGUAAGGAAUUUG